AUGUGGGCGGUGUACGAGGCGCUGUCGGCGCGCGAGCAGCGCAAGUUGCGCUCCGGGUCCCGCUUCUUUCUCUCGCACCUCUCUCCGUCUCUCCCCGCACCUCUCUCCCCGCACCUCUCUCCUCGCACCUCUCUCUCCGCACCUCUCUCCCCACACCUCUCUUCCCGCACCUCUCUCCACAUGUCUACCCUCACCUCUCUUUCUCCCCCUCUCCUUCUCCCCACCCCACAUUACUCGCCACCUCCGCACCACACCACCCGCCUGCUGCCCCAUCAUCUCCCCUUGUUCAGCAACUCCCGCACCCCACACCCUCCUCCCCUUCCUCUCGUCCCCUCCCCCCCUCCCCGCCCCCGUCCCCAUUACCCUCUCCGCCUCACUCUUUCCAGUGUGAACCAGACACAUGGGAGGGAGAGGGGGGGAGAGGGGCGGGGGGGUGCAAAGGAGGGGGCUGAUGUGGAAACACAAAAGAAGGGAGAGGCAAGAGGGCCGCGAGUGGAAGAGCAGGGGCAGGUGUUAUGUCUGGUGGAGGUGUUAUCUGAUGGGGUGGUGAGGGCGGGGAGAGGCGCAGUGGGGGUGGGGGAGGUGGAGGAGCUGGUGUGGGCGUCCUUCGUGAAGACCCACUAG